AUGGCCGCCGUCACUCCCCGGCGCCGCCUCAUCGGCCUCUCCACCAAGAUGUACUUCUCCCCCUCCCGCACAAAAGAAUACCUCGACGUACUGCUGCCCCGCCUCGCCACAUGCCCAGGACCCCACGCCAUCGACAUUUUCCUGAUCCCUGACUUUCUCUCGCUGCCCGCCGCCGUCACCCAGACCGGCACAGCCCCUCUGCUCCUCGGCGCCCAGGACUGCUACGCCGAAGACGCGGGCGCCUACACGGGCGAGGUCUCGCCCGCCUCCCUCGCCGAGCUCGGCGUCCGCAUCGUCGAGCUGGGCCACGCCGAGCGCCGCCGCCUCUUUGGCGAGACGGACGCCAGCACCGCCGCCAAGGCUGCCGCCGCCGCCCGCAACGGCCUCAUCCCGCUCGUGUGCGUCGGCGAGCUCGACCGGCCCCUGGCCGCUGGUGAUGAGGCCGGGGCCCAGGCCGCCGCCGAGGCGCUGCGGCCGCAGGUCGAGAGCGUUCUAGCGGCCUUGCCGCCAGCGGCCGAGGUCGUGCUGGCGUAUGAGCCCGUCUGGGCCAUUGGUGCUGCGGAGCCGGCGGCUGCUGAGCAUGUGCUUGGUGUCGUGCGGGCGGUGCGCGCGAUGGCGUGCGUGCAGGGCCGGGAGGGGCGUGUGAGGAUUCUGUAUGGGGGCAGCGCGGGGCCGGGGACGUUCGAGAGGUUGAAGGGCGGCGUGGACGGGCUGUUCCUUGGGCGGUUUGGGCAUGAUGUCGACAGGUUUUGGAGGACUGUUGAGGAGGUGGCGAGUGCGUGA